UUGAAUAUGUCUCAGGUAGUGCUAUUGUGUCGGGGGAAUAUCAGCAAGGCAUUCAGCCAGCCAUGGAAGGACAAUCCUCAAGACUGAAGAGAGCUCAGUUGUGAGGCGCAAGGUGCAACUGCAACCUCACGCAGAAGAAGCAGCUGGCUUCCACUUAGGUUUGAAGUGUUACGGCCUGUACCUUUGCGGAGGUCCUUACAACUUUUUCGCCCACGCUUGUGGAGGCUUUGCGGUUCCGUGUUUUGCUAGAUUUCCAGGGCACCAUGAUCAACCUUUUUUCUCUCAAGAAAAAGCAAGAAGCUGCAAAAGAAGCGAAUGAUGGACGGCCGCCUGUGAAGAAGCAAUCUGCAGGAGAGUUGCGAGUUCAAAAAGAUAUCAGCGAAUUGGUACUCAGCAAAACCACAUCAAUCACUUUUCCAAAUGGGAAAAACGACCUCCUUAACUUCGAAAUCACGAUAAAACCGGACGAGGGGUACUACACGGGGGGCACCUUCGUCUUCAGCUUUUCGAUACCGACCAUCUAUCCUCACGAAGCACCGAAAGUGAAGUGCAAAACGAAGGUCUACCACCCAAACAUCGACCUGGAGGGCAACGUUUGCCUGAAUAUUCUGAGGGAAGACUGGAAACCCGUCCUUAGCAUCAGCUCCAUCAUCUAUGGCUUGCAAUAUCUCUUCCUGGACCCAAACCACGACGAUCCGCUCAACCACGAGGCAGCGGAAGUAUUGCGGGACAAUCCGAGGCAGUUUGAGUCAAACGUAAAGAGAUCAUUAGCGGGUGGCUACGUGGGGGGCCAUCACUUCCCACGCUGCAUAUAGACGCUGCCGCAGACCGGGUCCUUGUAUACGUGUCAUUGUCAGGGGGAAGGAUCGAACUGUACAAAAAUGCUUUGUCAUCCAUAACUGCGUACUAGACGACCAAUUUGCUUGCUGCCAUGCAGGUCUGUGGCCUUAUCUGGAUCCAUUUAUGUCAAGCUAGCAAGUCGAGCAUAAUGGUUGAGAGCUUCCUGAUUGCGACAGGUUUCUUCAGUCCUCCUAAACCACUGCUCAACUACGGCUGCAAAAUUGAAGAAACUGGCUUCCGCCGGACGGCUACACA